CUCAACACCACCACAUCUCUCCUCGAAUCGACUAUGCUUCAAAGGAACCUGUUUCAAGCAUCCCAGCGAGCAGUGCGCUCCCCAUUGCGAACCCGAUCCCCAUUCGUUCCUAUUAGUCAGCGGUUGCACAUCACACGAGCGCCUUCCUCGACGAGAUGGUACACUGAGCCCGCGGCGAAGGAGGGCAGUGGCGCCCCAGAGACCAAGCCCGAUGAGCAAUCAUCUGAGACAGCUCAGUUAAAGGAGCAAGCGGAAAAGAAGGAUGCGGAAAUUAUCGACUUGAAGGACAAAUACCUCCGCAGCGUCGCAGAUUUCCGCAACCUUCAAGAGCGCACAAAACGUGAAGUCCAAGCCGCCAAAGACUUCGCCCUCCAACGCUUCGCCCGUGAUCUCGUGGAAUCUGUCGACAAUCUCGAUCGCGCCCUCACCACCGUCCCAAAAGACAAACUUUCUCCCGAAAACUCCGAUCUUGUGACCCUCCAUGAUGGGUUAAGAAUGACGGAGAACAUCCUCAUGCAGACGCUGAAGAAACAUGGAUUGGAGAGGUUUGAUCCAUCGGUAGAGGGCAUGAAGUUCGAUCCGAAUAUCCACGAGGCCGUGUUCCAGACGCCGCAGCCGGAUAAGGAGGAUGGCACUGUUUUCCAUACACAGCAGAAAGGGUUUAUGCUUAACGGACGGGUUCUUAGAGCUGCUAAAGUCGGCGUAGUCAAGAACUCAUAAAAGCGCCGCGCAUUUUGACGAUUUCCUUGAAUAUUGUAUCACUAUGAGUAUUUGGUACGGCUCAAUGGGCCUGGUGUUUUUAGCAUUUCAGCUGGCAUGUGUAAAUAUAUCCCCUCUCUCGCACUUUCGAAAUUUUUUUUUAGCGAAUGUCUGACUAGGCGAUCACCAUUUUGUAUACUACUAGAAUACCUGUUACGAAGAGCCAUGGUCAUGGAGACAGACUCAGAUUAUUAGCAUGUUAAGCAUUCAUGGAAUGGUAAUGUUCUAAUCCUGCUC